CAGCUCAGACUAAGAGUGCAAAGAUCGUAAAAAUCUUUCAAUAAAAAAAAGUUUACCACAACUCAUUAAAUGUAGGCAUUUAUUACAUUCCUAACCAGAGGACAUGUUUGGCAUCACUCAACCGAGUCAGACUAAAAAACAUGCUAAUAAACAUUCGACGCCCAGAAAAUAAAAGAGGAUCGGCAAUCAAAGCUGUUAUUUCAGUACAGACUGCGAGGAACGCCUGUUCAUAGAAUGCAGCGAGCAAAGUGACUUACCUGUCUUACCUGCAGACAUUAAAAUAGACAGGACAGGUGAGAUAAGAGAACCCGACGGCUGUGCAGCGCAAACAGCGAGCAGACGACAACGAGAGACGGCGAUUACGACAGACGCAGGGCAGUGGAACAUGGUGGGGAAAGGUUCUCGCGAGCUGCAUGCGGUGAUUGUAACUGCCUGAGGUGUGGACACUGUACACGUUUCUCGAAGUAUUCUGCUGGGCCCUACAAUUGAGAUCACACAGCCUGUCUUGAUGUCUUCGUAGAAGGUUUGCCAAGCAAAUUUAUUAGUCCAGUCUUACUUUUAUCUUAAAACUUCUCAAUUUGAUUAUAAAAAAUUGGGGCAAGCAUAGAAAAAAAAAAGAAUAAACAAGAAAACACGAAGAGAAAGCCACAGGAGAGAAAAAGAAGACCUCACAAUGAUCGAAGCGCUGUUGCUUGUCUUCGGCGUGGCGGCGGGGUCGUUGGUGUGGUGGUUCAGUCGACACCGCCGUCGCCUCCCACCUUCUCCAGGUAUACCUCUGCCCUUUCUUGGUCACCUCCAGAUGCUGGGAGUGUCAGAUCCCCGCGAAGUCUUUGCCAGCAUGAGAAAGAAAUAUGGAGAGAUAUUUUCUUUUUAUACCGGAAGCCGUCUGGUAGUCGUGCUAAACGGAUAUGAGGCCAUACACGAGGCACUGGUGAAGAACAGCGAUGUCUUCUCUGCCCGACCUGAAACCUUCAUUUCCAGACACAUGGCGCAUGGUCAAGGCAUCCUCAACACUUCCGGUGAACACUGGCAGGAGCAGCGCCGCUUCACGGAGCGCGCCAUGCGUGGCAUCGGCAUCAACGACACGUCUGCGAUGGAGGCCAAGGUCUUGGAGGAAGUGUCCGCUCUGAUGGACAAACUGGACAAGACCUGCGACCACACAGCCGACCAGCCACUCAACCUCCCAGAGCUGUUCCUGGCGUCCAUAAGCAACGUCAUCGUGUCCAUCAUCUACGGCCACCGCUUUGACCUGGAUGACCCCGCGUACUGCAAAGCGCUGAGGGCGCUGAACAACUGCUUCAAGAACUUCGGCAACAUGCAGCCGCUCAACGUCUUUCCCAUGCGCUACCUUCCCGGCGACCCAUGUGGCUUCCACGAAUGUGUGGACAACAUGAACACCCUGGAGAGCACGCUUGUGUACCCGAGCUGGACAAGCACCAGCAAGUCCUGCACGACGGUCAGCCCGAUGACGUGGUGUCGGCAUACAUGCUGGAGAUGGAGCGGAAACGAGGCUCCGGCAUCCCUACCUCUAUGGACGAAGAAAACUUGGUCAAGGUGGCUGGUGACCUGCUGGCUGGAGGUUCAGAGACGCCCAGCACUACCAUGCUUUGGUUCCUGCUCUACAUGCUUCAUUACCCACACAUUCAAGAACGAUGCUACCAGGAGAUCGUCGAGAACAUCGGCAAGGACCAGGCGCCCAGCAUGGCCAAACGUCUGGCUUUGCCCUACACGGAGGCCACCAUCCUGGAGGUGCAGAGACACGCUGACGUCGGGCCCAUGGGCAUGCCUCAUGGCUUGUCACGUGACACUGAGUUGCGUGGCUACGACAUCCCUAGUGACGCAAUGGUCGUCGCUAACCUGCACUUCGUGCACCAUGACCCAGAAGUGUGGGGGGACCCGGAGGUGUUCAGGCCAGAACGGUUCUUGGAUGCUGAAGGCUGCCUAGUGAGGAGCAAAUAUUUUAUCCCUUACUCUGUUGGCUCGCGGAAGUGUCCCGGGGAAGGCCUCGCGCGCAUGGAACUAUUUCUCUACGCAACGUCCAUCUUGCAGCGCUACCACCUGUCUUGCCGCGACUCCAUCCUUCCACGCUGAAAGGUUCUUUGGCCUUGCUGCACA